GGAAAAAAGAAGAGGAAAAAAAAUGGUGUAAACGUGAAGGGGUGAAUGCGAUGGGUCCAGCUUCCGCACCCCUUCAAGGGCUGUAACAGGGAAGCUGUUGAGUUUGAAGCUCCUCAAUUCUACAUUUUUGUUGCCUUUUCUCUUCCUUUACUCAUACCUUCCUUCCACUUUCUUCUUUUCCCAACAAUCACCAACCAAUUUUAUUCCCAAAUUCAAUCUCUCUAUGAAAUUCUACUUUCCCCCAAUAUGUUCAAUUUUGAAGAUGAACUCAUAAUUGAACCAGGAUUUUCAUGGUUAAUCUGGAUUCAGCUUCUUGUUAUUCUCCUCAUCUUCAUCCUUUGUUGUCUUACCAUCUUCGCUAUUGAUUUCUCCAAAACCAAUACUACUGAUAUCAACUCCACUGCCGCCAUUGCCUCCUCUUCCACUACUCGCUUCCUUUCUCACAACGGGAAGAACAUUCAUCCUAACCACAACAUCGGAAUUGACCCUAAUCCACCGCGGAAUGCGCAGGUCACGAAUGAGCAAAGCAUCAGGGGGGAGAUAACAAGUAGUACGAGCAGAAGAAUCACACAAGUGGGAGAAGGCACUGUAGUAGGAGGGGAAGGCUCUCAAGAAACCAAGUUAGAUCUUCACCCUUGUAGUUAUUUCAGGCUUGCUAAAUCAGCUUUUCUCAGGUGCCUGGGGUUGGACGCUUCAACUGAGAACUCAGUCUCGGAUGAAAGACAGAGACAGGAAUCAAGAAAAUUCAAAGAAAGUUGAUCAGGGAAGAAGAUACUCGGAGAGGAGAAUAUGUUGUUAAAACGUAGGAAAACAUAGUGGUACAGGAAGAAAUUUUGGCAUUUCAGAGAGUAAGGGGCUAGAUAUCAGUAGAAAUAUUGAACGGUUGUGCUUGUAGAGUUUACAAGAAAAAAGAACAGUUUAGUUUUUCUGUAAAC